GAGCUCAGAGAAGAGCGGUCCGUGGUCCAGCGCGGAAUCAAGGAAUCACCCAAUCGAGCAAUCAGGCAAGGACCCAACGACGCAGUUUCCAGGGGCCACAAAAUGCGCAUUUACUCGUAUCUUUGGCAGCAGCUAAUGCUGGUGCUGAUUGCCAGCAUCUGCGUCAAGGCCAAGCCGCUGGUCUCCUUCGGCGUCAGCUACCAGCAGCCGCAGCCCUACGUGGGACCGGGACCAGGAGCCUACUACAACAGCUACUACGGCGGCCCAGGACCCUAUCAGAGUGGCUACGGCUACUACUCCAGCUCCAACCACUACUACGGCAGCAGUCCGGGGGCAUCCUAUCCGUAUCGGUAUCCCUAUGCCGCCGGACACCGCUACGGGGCCCUCGAUGUGGGCAUCGGCGCCCUGUCGCUAACCCCGUUCCUCCUCUGAAAGAGGAGAGCCAAUCGACAGCAAUCGGGAAUACAGUAAACAGAAACCGAAAUGACAAUA